CAGGCCGGGGCGGAGCGGAGCGGAGCGGAGCAGCGAUGGGGGCCGCGGCGCUGCUGCUGGUGCUGGCGGUCGCGGGCUCCGGCCAGGGCGGCAAAUACUCCCGCGAGGCCAACGAGGCGCCCCGCGCGCCCGCGCAGUUCCGCGUGGUGAAGCUCAACCAGAUCUGGGAGAAGGCGCAGCGGCUCCAGCUAUCUGCUGUAAAACUGGCAGAGCUACACAGUGAUCUAAAAAUACAAGAAAAGGACGAGCUAGGCUGGAAAAAACUGAAGGCUGAAGGGCUAGAUGAAGAUGGAGAAAAAGAAGCCAAACUUAGACGCAACUUACAUGUAAUUAUGGCUAAAUAUGGAAUGAAUGGAAAGAAGGAUGCUCAACUAGCAGAUUCCAACUACAUCAAAGAUACAUCAGAAAGUGAUGUGCUAGAUGAUCCAAGACUGGAGAAAUUAUGGAGUAAGGCUAAGACCUCUGGGAAGUUCUCUGAGGAUGAGCUGGAUAAGCUGUGGCGAGAAUUUAAGCAUCACAAAGAAAAGAUUCAUGACUAUAAUCUCUUGCUAGAGACUGUGAGCAGAACAGAAGAAAUCCACAAAAACGUAAUCAACCCCUCUGACGAGAAUGUGGUGAAAGAAGAGCUGUUGCACAGCAAGCACAGAGAACUCAAAGACAAACUACGGAGCAUCAGUCAAGGGUUUGAGCGUUUACGUAAAGUCAGCCACCAGGGGUACGACACAACCAGUGGUUCCACAGUAAAGAUAGGUAGCCAUUCUCUUCGAUUUUCCACUGGCUUGUACCAGGGAAGAGAAGGGCAAGCUGAGAAUGAGCCAAACUGCCUGGACCGUGGCUGCGCAGAGCCUCUAGAAUUUGAAGAACCCAGAGUGAUAGACUUAUGGGACAUGGCCAAAUCCGCCAACUUCACUGAGAAAGAGCUUGAAUCCUUUCGGGAGGAGCUGAAACACUUUGAAGCAAAAAUUGAAAAACAUCAGCACUACCAGAAACAGCUAGAGAUUUCCCAUCAGAAACUAAAGCACAUAGAGGGAACGGGAGAUAAAGAUCAUCUGAACAGAAACAGAGAGAAAUAUACCAUGCUAGAAGAAAAGACUAAAGAAUUGGGAUACAAGGUAAAGAAGCACCUACAAGAUUUAUCUGGUAGAAUUUCUAGAGGUCUGCAACACAAUGAACUUUGAGUAUCCCUUCCACGUUAUAUAAUACAUUCCACAUAGUGUACUAACUUCCAGUACAUCGUUCUUCAUGGAAAGGACUUAUCAAGAUGACCUUCUGAAAUAUCCACAGAAGCAGAUAAAGAGUAAGGAUUCACCAGGGUUGGUCUUUGUAGGGAACCUUUCUUCAGUCAUUUUGGUCAUUGAUCUGGUAUCUUUGUGAUUAGUCAAAUGAAACCACCCAGUUAGAAAUACAUAUUUAGUUUGUGCAUCUUUGAUGAUCAUGUAAAUAUUGUAUCUAAAUCCAAUGUCGGUUUUUGAAAUAAGCAGUUGUUCACAUGUAUAAGAUGUUGGGUAUUUUUUCUAUCAGGGAAACUAUUUUUGUAUCAGUAAGUCCAUCCCAAUCAAUGAAAACCACAACAAAUCAGUGAACUAGUCCUGGGUUUAAAACAUGAGUUUGUCUCUCAUGCUGCACAGACUAAAGGUGGAGCUAGAAAAAUCUGUGUUUACAGACCAACCCCCUGCCCACUAAAAUUCAGUGGGCAUUAAAUCAGGUAUUUGUUGCAGAUAAUCAUAUAUUGAGGAAGUUAAAGAACAGGUUUUGUGGUCGCUUCUCCCCACAUAGUUCCAAACUAACACCCUUCAGAAACUACUGAGAAUUUGUACAAUCCUCACAUUCACCUUUGUUACCUUUCGUUACACUUAAUCAUUAAACAAAACCAAACAAC